GUAGUGUGCUCGGUAUCGUGGUUCGCAGGCAUGACAGGCAACUUACUUACGUCCAUCCAUAAUCAGGAGAUGCACAAGAGACAGGCACAACGUUCUGUGGCAAAAAUCAGGACAUCCCCAUCUGUUAUGAUACGCUCUUUUUUCUUCCCCUUCCUAUCCCAGUGCACUCCAGUUUCGCUUCAUUUCCGUUUGUUCUUGCGGAUCUCCACAUCCGUUAAGCAUUCACUUGUGCUUUCACACUCUCCAUGGGAUUUUGUGUUCCCGGUUAAAGUCAAUGUACAAGAUCCAAAAAUCAGGGCCGGCUCUGUGGGUGAGUCCGGAUUAUUUAAGUUCUUUGAGGAGUUACAGCUCUUUUCCAAAGUACGAUGGCUGUGUCAUGACUAUUGUGGUGACAUCAUUUCCGUAGAUGUGGGUAUCCGGACGUCUCUCUACAUAUUUUUAGUUGUGCUCAAGUCAAUUAAAGUUGUGACUGUAGCGUCGCUUGCUUGUUUCAUGUCGUUAAAUGCUUCAAAAGCCUUUCUGAAGUCGGUGGUGAAAACUGCAUCUUCACUAAGCGAGAGGUGUACGUUGGCCAACUACGCGGGUCGGACAAGGAAGGAUCCAGGGGAAUGUUUCGGCAAUUAUGGAAGCACAGGUCGCUGCGCGCAGGCGCUUAAAUGUCAAGCCUGUUAUUAAGGAAAACAAUAUCAUGUGGAUACGCCACAACUGCACGGACUUUCGGACUCAAUCCUCCACUGGUCUCGGUUUCUAAACUGAACCUAAUUCCAUCAUCCCACCGUGGCAGGUCACAUGAGAGAGUAUAGUGCAUGACUGAUCUCCUCAAUGAGCGCUAACAGGCUCGGUUCCGUCUUCCAGUUAGUAAUUGAUCUCUCUCAGAAACUAGGCCUUGUCCCAGCUCAAGUUCGGCAACAUUUUUGAAGACGAGACGAAAAGCUCAGAUUAUUUAGUAAGCAGGAACCAGCUCGAGAAUAGAAUACUGCGAUGUUUUCAUGACAGAAAGGCAUUGUUUCCUUGUCAGCCUUCAGAUAGAAUGCUCAUCUGGAUUUAUGUUCAGCAACCGUUGUUAUGGAAAGUCGACCACUAUUUCCAGUCUGGGUUAGAAUAAAGAUCAACCCCUGCCGCAAUUUAUUGUCGAAUCUGUCCACAUAGCCAAUUCAACGUCAAUGGCUAAUUCCUACUCAAACCUUUCUGAACUUGAGAGAACAGGAACUGAACAUGCGAGAGGUUAGGGACCGAGCAGAAUUGCAGAGAUAAGUCAUGUAGUUUCUCAUCUCCGUGCUGCUUGUGAUUCAUUCCUGUGUUGAUAAAUGCAUUGAUAAUGUGUUGAUAAAUGCAUAAGUCAUUGUUUGUUCAUUCUGUUCUCUUCGCUGUAAUCAUUCUCGAAGAGGGUUCGUCACCAAGCUCUCUGACAUUGUUGAUUUCUGUACCAUGAUCCUUUCCUCCUCCUUCGAUUGUGGGCAUCUGAGACCACUGCACAGUCAUGCAACACAUGUACUUCGGAGGGGGACAAAGUGAUGGUCAUAUUAGCACAAGUUACAGCUUGCAUUACAAAUACUGUUAUAAAAAAAUGUGUGAAUAGCAUUGCAAUCAACGUUUCAUUUGCUUGGCAAAUAAAAAACUGACGUUGACUCGCACUGGU